CACGGGGGAAAUUAGAAAAGAAAAUGCAACGGAAAGCAGCAGGCCUGCUACUGGGAGUAGCACAGCGCGUCAACUUGAAGAGAUGUUUCAGCAUGAUACAAGAACCAAACAAAGCAUGGUCCCUGAUGAAAUGUCAACUGACAGGACUGACAGCACUCUYCAAAAUGCUCAGAGCAAGCAGGGAACCUCUGGGAAAUCUACGUUUGAGGAUCUUCUAGAAUCAUUGAAGCAACUUGAAGAUGAUCCUCCUCGUGAUAGCCUAAUGAUGUCUAGUGCAAGUAGUAAAUACGAUAGUUGGAUUGCAGGACAAGGAAUGGAAACUGUAGUGGAUAAAAACCAUCAGCCUUACCUCUCAGCAGAGAAUCUUGACCAACUUAAUCCACAAGAAACCGACUCAACAACAAGUACAGCACUCUCUGCAGAAAAAUUACAAAACAUCAUUAAUUUCUUGGAUGAAGUGGAAAAAGCCGAAGAAGUUGUKUUGAAAGAAAUCCAUCAGUCCAGGGAAGGGUCGAUCUCAAGAGGGCUACCAUCACCGAAUGCAAGUGUGACUGUUGAUAAAGAGAGGGAAGAGGCCAAAGCAGAAAUAGCAAAGCAAGACAAGGCCUAUCUGGAAAUGGCAUCAGCUAGUGCAGCUGAAGUGACCAACCAAGUCAUGUCAAUCAAGAUUGAACUGGAAGAGAAGAAAAGAACUAAUGAACUUUUGCAGAGGGCAUUGAACCAGCAACGUGAUUUUACCCUGCGUCAAAGCAAAGAAGCUGAUAAAGAUGCUCAGCAAAGACUCGCCAUUCAAAAACAAGAAUACGAAGCGACGAUACAAAGACACCUGACGUUCAUAGAUCAACUGAUCGAUGACAAGAAAAUACUUGGAGAAAGAUGCGAAGAACUCCUUGGCAAGCUAAAGACAGUCGACAAGAAAUUUACUGAUAAGAUAAAGUUGCUUGAAGAAAAUCACGAGGUGGAAAUGAAAAAACAAAAGGAAGUAAUUGUGGCUGCUGAGAAACUUCGGCGAGAAAAAUGGAUAACAGAAAAGACACAACAGAUUAAGGAAGUAACUGUAAAAGGUUUGGAGCCUGACAUCCAAAAGCUUAUCGCAAAGCACAAAGCCGAGUUGAAGAAACUCAGGUCAUCUCAUCAGGCUGAGCUACUUGAGGCGGACGAACGCGCUGGGAGACGAUACAUUCAACAGAUUGAAGACUUACGUGAACAACUCGACCGAGAAAAGGACAAUGCUGUUACCAAAGAAAGAGAACUCGCUCAACAAAGAUUUGAGAAACAGCUUGAGCAAGAAGAGCAAGCUUAUCAACAACAGAGACGAAGACUUUAUUCAGAAGUUCAAGACGAGAAAAAAAGAGUUGCAACACAAGCGCACAAACACCGACAAGAGAUGGACGAAGCUAUUGCUAGUUUACAAGAGUCUCAUAAAAAAGCUCUCAGUGAAGUGGAGCGUUCACACGAAAAAGCAAUGUCUGACUUGGAAGCAAAGCACGAGUUUGAAGUGAGAGAAUUGAAAGAAAGACUCGAUGUUGAGAAAGAAGCGUGGAUUGAGAACUACAUGAAAAAACAGGAUACCAUCUUACUUAGCAAAGAACGAGAACUCAAAGAAGGUGUCAGAGAAGCAAGGGAUAGGGAAAUAGAAAUGGUCAUAACCCGUCUCGAAGAAGAAAGCGCUGCAUCUCGAGAAGAGUGUGAAAGAGCUGCUGAAAACAGAAUUAAACGUAUACGAAACAAGUAUGAAUCUGAAAUAAAGGAACUCGAGAAAUCAGAAGCAAACAUGCAAGCUAAAUACAACUCAACCAAGGAACGGUUAUUAGAAGUAGAGGGUGAGGUUACGAGGCUGCGAAGUCAAGUAAACCAGAUUACCAAGCAGAAGGAGGAUGUCGAGAGGGUAUUGGAGAAACUUCAGGAGGAGCGUGGAAAGGUUGCCGAUAUUAUAAGACAAGAAUUUGCUGAUAGGUUGGUUGCUACCGAGGAAGACAACAAACGAUUAAAGACUGAAGUCAGUGAGAUGAGAGCAAGACACAGACUAGAGGUUGAUAGAAUUACUUCUGAAAAGGAAAAAGAAAUGGAUCAGCUCCACCAAAGAGUCAAACAAGCGAUUUCUAAGAAGGAAGAGACUAUGAAGACACUUCGUGAACAGCAGCAGGCUGCCAUGAAACGAGCCGAUCAUCUCGAAAUGCUWCUCCAGCAACAGAGAAAAAAGCUUCUACCUUGACAGAAUAUAGACURUAUUGUUUGACCUUUCUCCUAUGUAAAAUAAAAAUAUAACAUUGUAUUAAAUUUGCCAGACAAGCGAAAACAUCACAAUGUGUGUCCAAUAUUUCUGAACAGAAUGCCCCACUGAAUAUGUUAGUGGAAGCGGCUGGAAUCAACCAGGCAAUUCACAAGAAASAAAGGGAGUCUUUUUAAUUUAUAUUUUUUAUCAUGUUCAUUUGCCUCACAUUYAARAAAAAUA